AUGCAGUUCGACGCCAACGGCGACAAGCAGCUUUGCAAGGAAGAGCUCAAGAGAGCCUUCAGCCAACUGGGCGCCAUCAUCCCAGGUUACAGGGCCCGCCGCUGCCUCUACAUCGCCGAUGCCGACGGCGACGGGAAAGUAGACUUGGUUAAUGAACUCGAUCAUCUCGUUAGAUAUGCUUUGAAGCUCGGCUACUCCGUCAAUCAAUACACCAACAAUAAUAUAGCGUGA